AUGAUGUGUCUUGACGUUUGCGUAAGUUUACUUUAUUUAUUUUUCUAUUUUAAACAUUAUAAGAGACAAAAAAUUUUUAUAAAGUCCAUUCUAGUAGAGUAUUAUGUCGUUCAAAUAAUCCAAAAACUUGCUUUGAGAGGGGACACAAGGUUAUUUGAACGACCUAGUAUUUUAAGUUUAUCGACAAUUUCUGACAAGAAAUGGCCUUGAAGGAUUCUAUUUUUAAAUUUUGCGCCAUUUUGGCAUAGUGUUGAUAUUUCGAUGGAGCACAGAAUCAUUUGAAAAACCUUAUACGUUAAAAUUUGCCACAGGCUCACUCACUACUUACCAUUCUAUGCAAGUAACCACCGAGGAAAUGUAAAUAAUACUGUUAAGGUAAUAACCUGUACAGAUUUUGGUUACAAGAAAAACUGAAUUUGUAAUUGCAAUUUUGCUUCCAGAUUGUAACCAGUAAUUACAUUUACUAUUCAGUAAAGUUUUUAUUUUUUUGUUUUUUUAGUUCCGAUACCACCUGUAGGCAUAUCGGAACAUUUCAAUUACUUAAAGUUGAGGUUUUCCUAAUUUCAGAGAAGUUGUGCUAAAAUUAAGUUGAGGUUGAUUUUGUUUUUAGAAUUAGGUAUGGGUUGGUAUUGUUUUCCCAAAAUAAGGAUUGUUUUCACAAGAAAAAGUUUAAGUAACUCAUAUUUUCCAAUUUUAUUUAAGGAGAACAUUACAAUAAUAAUUAAAAUGUUAUAAUUAUAUCAAGUUUGUUUAGAUGUUCUAACAAUUAAAAUUUCAGCAUUACUUUAUUUUGUAAUGUUGUACAAGCCUGCAAUUGUAAUAGUAGGUUAGUAAGGUGGCACAAAUGGAUAAGCUGUUAUUAUGUUCUGUAAUUGCACGUCUGUAGCCGUGCUUUGGCCGUUGUUUUGUUUAAUUAAUGGCUUAUCAAUGAAAAAAGUGUAAUAUUAUAUAUUUUUACUUUUUUUGUUACUAAAAAUAGAUUUGGCAGUACUAUAUAUAAGUAAACGUAUAAGUACAUCUUUUUUACUUACAACUUCUGAAAGCUUACGUUUUGUGGCAAGGUUUCAAAUUGAAAGUGUAGCAAACGCUUUUUUGGGUAUUUUUUAAAAAUUUAUUAACUACCUUACCCUGCCUUACAAAAUUAAACGUUAUUAUAUACAUUGACCUUCUAAACUAUGUGGUCUAUUAAAAUGUGUUCAACACUUUGAGCUUUAAUCAAAUUAUUUAAAUUGUUCUUGCUCAAGGGUUUUAAAGAGCCAGAAAUUAAUGUCUUAGGCGUAAAACAGGUUCAUAUUUAUAAUAAGCUGGUCGGAAUUAGUCUAAAAUUACAUUUUGACUCGAUUUAAAAGCAUAUUUUUAAAUGUUUUUUUACUUUUAGCUUAGUUUCAAGUUUAAAACUAAAUUUCCAUAGACCUUUUUACUAGUUAAGAUAUUUUCUAUGUAUUAUUUGACUCAGUAAAACUACUUUUUGUAAACUCUUAUUACUCAAUGGUUUGUACUUUUACUGAGUACGUCAUUGUUUUUGCUACAAAAAACUAGUUCCUUAUUCUCAAAAAACUGUUGUCAUUAAAAAGAAGUAAAAAAUGGUGGAUAUUGUAGUACUGGAAAAAAGCGGCCGAUAUUGUAGGGCUAACAAAAGUGAUUGAUAUUGUAUUACUAAUAUGCAUAAAUUGUCACAAAGUUAAACACGAGGCCUUUCACAUGAGGAAUCUUUAGUUUGUGCCAUUUUAAAUGUCUUAUGGUUUUGAAGUUUGUAUAGUAAACAUGGUUUUUGAGCCUUUGAAGGUUUCAGAUUUUAAACUCUAAUUUUUUCAAAUUUCAAUUUUGAAUCAUGGUUUGGUUUAGGUGAUUUACAUAAUCCUGUACCCCCCCCUCCAAUGUACUAAAAUUGAAGUUUUAAAAGUUUUAAAUUUUUAAUUUCAGGGCUGGGACACGCCAGAUAACUUCUUCUGUUACAUGUAUAUCCUUCAAGCCAUCUUGUCCAUAAUCGGCUUCAUAGUCAACUUAAUAAUUUGCAUAUUCGCCUUCUCGGGCGACCGUUUCUCCCCACAUACGGCGAUGACAAGGGCAUUAUUGUGGGCUGAUGUUAUGAGUAGCUUCGCCUACAUUGCCGACAGUAUAUCAUCGUUAUUACAGCGUAAGUCGACCGACCACUUGACAUACUUCAAAGUCAAUUUUUUUUACAUUUUGGAUACAAUUUCACAGUAUUUUUUGUAUUUUACUACGAUUUUUGAGUUAAUUGUUGUUUUGAAAUCGAAGUACUACAUUUUUUUUGUUAAAAAAAUAACUUUAAAGUUCAACUAAUAGGCGUGCUUUAGUAGUACUGUAGUUUUUUAGUUGAUAAACUACAUUUUUUAUUAAAAUUUCAAUUUUUUUAAGGUGUAUAAAAAGUAAUGAGCUACAAUGGUUAUAGCGAUAUGGUGUUGAGUAGCUCAUUACUUUUAUACAAUUUAAUACUUUAAAAACUAAAAAAAUUCAAGCUUUAUAACAAUGACAAAUUUUCAGGUAACGCAGACAUAGUACUAGGACCACCACAGUUCGAGUACGUGUCAAUCAGCACGUGUGCCUCUAACAAACCCCAACUCUUUUUCCUCCAGAUCGGCCGCCAGUGGAGGAGUGUAAUCAUAUUGAUCAUGGGCGUGGAACGCUACCUUUUCAUAACAUAUCCCUUAUGGUUUAAAGUGGUGCGAGUACGACGACUACCAAUACUCAUCUUCACAACGUGCUACGUUCUACUGUCAGCGGGUAUUGCAUAUACGAAUGCCUUGGUGAUUGAUCCAACUGAACUGACACACUUUUCAUGUGAGGUGACCUGGGCAUUUGGAGACAAUUAUGGCUGGUGCCAGUCGGGAAUGGUAAUUGUGGCUAUUACUGUAGCUUUUCUUUUGAAUUACUACGCGAGGUAUGUGGUGAGGAAAGAUACGGCGUUACUGCAUUUUGGCAACAAUCGGCCGAGGUUGAACAAUGAAAAGAGGAAGAUUAGGUAAGGUUUUGCAAAAAUUUUGAAAAAAAUUUGUUUUUUUUGCUAACAGUUUAUGAUUUUUCAUCUUAUAUAGAUUUUGUUCUAAAACCCGAGGUAUACUUGGAGCAAUUUUUUUGUAAAAACUACAAUUUUUUUCCAAAUAACAUAAAAUUGUAAGAAAUUGUUGUUUGGCGCUGGGACUACAACAAUUAGUAACUUUAAUUGUAUUGCGGAAGUUUGGGAAAGUUAUUUACCAUCAGGAAAUUAAUUUGUAUCUUACUACACACAACAAUUUUUAGGUUAGACUGACAUUAAUUUAGGUUCAGUCUUACAUGUAAGGUCUCUGAGAAUGUAGAAAUUUCAUAGAAUUUAUUGAAAGCAUAAAUUUUUUUCUUAAAAUGCACUUUAAUAAGGGCUUGUAGGUAUAGUAAGAAAUUUCCAGAGUUAACGGGGCACAAAAUUUUUUAAACAAUUUGAUAUAAUCAACAAAUUUGACAAAUCUGUUGUUUACUUUGUUGUAGUACGUUUUGAAAAACAUGCUAUAAUGACUUGUAUUGUAAUGUAUAUGUAAAUUACAAUAUAUAAUAAAUUAGGCUAUAACACGAUAGAUUAACAUAUUAACUAAAAUUGUCUGUGGUAAUCCGAUAAGCAGGUCAGUGCUUGCGAAUGUAAGGUAAACAAAAUUAAAAAGUGGAUAGAUUACUAAACCUUGCCUAGCCUACCCUGCUCUACCCUACCCAUUUAAAAAUGAAAUACUUCUUUACGUAUAUCUAAAAGGUUAGAAAAAUUAUUUUUUAAUUAAAAAAACCGUAGAUGUACAAUAAUAUCGAGUAAUGGGGCUACUUUUUAAACUCACCACACUACAAAUAACUUAUGCCUUACAGUAAUGUUAGCUUUAUUUCAAAAACCAUACUAAACAUGCAAGUUUAUCAAUUUUAAAAACGUUCUAACUACAACAACAACAUGCAUAAAUUUGUAAUGUCUCAUAAACCACAACUUGAAUACACAAUUCAUUACCUAAAUAUUUACAAACUAUUGUUUCAGAAAAGCCAUGUGGCUCAUAAGCGCCACCCUAAUCACCUGUGUCAUUCCACAAGUCCUACUGGUCGUGCUACGUGCCCUCGACCAACGAGGCCUUCAGAAGUGGAAGCUUCUGGUUUCACAACUCUUUCUUCUCAAAUUCAUUGCCAACUUUGUCCUCAUGGCCAAGUUAUCUCGAGUUGGACCACAACUAUCCUUCUUUGCGGUAAGUUACAGCUGGUUUUUGUCAUUUUGAAAUGUAAUUGUAAAUUAGCAAUUUAUAGAGAUUUGAAUUUUAAAGUGAAAAACAAGUUUUUGAAACAGAAAAUUUUAAAAUGAAUAGGUUUUUAAAGUUUAUUUUUGAAAUUUUACAGUAUGUUUAAGGCUCAAAAACCAUAAAUUUUUAAGUGUUUUUCGAAUUUUAAUAAAUUUUUUGUAUUUUAGCCUCGAUUUUGCUGUUCAAUGACAUUACGAAAGGCCAGGGUAGACCACAACGACUCAAUCGCUUCGGUUUCUUACUACGUCAACUAG